AUGGCGCCGCUGAACGAAAUGUCGGCGCCCGGCACCGCCUCCUACAACUCCGAUACCAUGGAGGUCGGUGACGGGACCUGGGAUUUCACAAAGAACGACUUUCUCCUCCCAAACCUCGUCGGUCUCAACUUCGAGACCAUGCAAUACAAUGGCAUGGGCAAUCGUUUCUCGACACUCGCACAGUACCACACCCUCAUCAAGGCCCACGGCAUAAUAGGAGCCAUCGUCUUUCUCUUCAUCGUCCCCAUAGCCAUCCUUUACGCCCGCUUCUACACCAAACGCCCAGGCUACGCGAUUCGAUAUCACGCCUACCUCCAGAUCCUUGCCGUUCUCCUGACCACCGUCGUCUUCAUCCUCGGCUACUUCUCAGUCGGUCCCGAGAGGAGCCUGACAAACCCCCACCAUGGCAUCGGCGUCGCCAUAUACACCCUGAUUCUCCUGCAGAUCAUUGGGGGACGCCUCAUCAAGAACAUUAGGGGCCGAUCGCUGAGGGUCAUGUUGCACCAGUGGUUCGGCCGGACCAUUGCCUUGCUAGGCAUCGCCCAGGUGCCCCUUGGCCUGACACUUUACGGCUCUCCCAAGUUCACCUUUAUCCUCUUUGCAGUAUGGAUGGCUUUCCUGCUGCUCCUGUACUUUAUCCUCGAGUACCGGGCCUACGACCGACCAGAUUAUGUUGUCCGCGACGGGAGGUCCGAAAUUGUUCGCACAGAGCGCAAGUCUAGCGGGGGAGGUUGGCUAGGCCCGCUCGCAGCCGGCGGGGCUGCGUGGGCUCUGCUGCGUGGCCGGAAGAGGGAGCGGUCUCGAAGUAGGAGCCGCUCGCGCGCGUCCCGCGCCCACAGCCGGAGCCGAAGCCGUGCCCCAGAGGUCAUCCCAUCUCGACGGGCCAGCUAUAUCGAGGAUGAGAAGUACACGGAUCGGUACAGCGAGAGACCGAGGAAAAGCACCGAAGAGCACGGUGGGGGCUUCAUGAACAAGUUCCUCGGCGUCGGCGCUGGAUUAGGAGCCGGUGCGCUCAUCGGCCGCAUGAUGGGCAAGAGAAAGCGUGGGGUGGAGGAUGACGAGUACUCAGCUGUGGCGACAGACACGCCCAGCAGGAGACGUCAUUCGAGAUCUGACAGGAGGCAUGGCGGCACGGUGUACAGUGAUGAGAGUGAGGAGUAUCACAGACAUGGGCACAGGUCACCUUUACUGCCCGGUCCGGGAGGUCCUUCGGCAAUGGCAGCAGCCGUGAGCGCAGCCGAGGCUCGGCCAGGCGCUCGGAGGUCAUCGAGACCCAUCACCCCGCCACCUUCUCAUCGUCGGGGUGACCCAAGAAUGGAAAGCGUGGUGGACUCGGACUACUCAUCAUAUGUCAGCCCAUCCAGACGUGAACGGGUGGGGAGCCAUUCAGGCAGAGGUGCGGCAGAGAAAGGUCUCCUGGCAGGACUAGGUCUCGGCUGGUUCGCUAAGAAGAUGAGAGACCGGAGAGAGCAGAAAGAGGAGGAUCGUAUGAGGAUCGAGGAAGACGAGAGGCGCGCAGGGCACUACAGUCCAAGGUAUACGGGAGAUGGGUACUCGCCGCGCAGGGAUUCGCAUCGUGCGUCCAUCCGGCCAGCUGGGCCACCCAGGAGGACGACGUCACCAUCCCGAUUGACAGAAGAAUCGUCGCUUAUCGAGCCGCGACCACUUUCGGGAUACGAGUCGCAUCCACCCCUGGAGCCUUUGCCCACAGGAGGCUAUCGACCACCUCCAACAGCCUCAGGGCCUGCACCUCCACCGGUUGGGCAGUAUGCUAAUCUGGUAUCAGCGCCCGCCCCAGGCGUCGUACCAGUGCCGAUGGAAGGUGGGGCGCAUUCUGCAACGCACUCUCGUCAGAGCAUUGUCGACAUGCCCCUUAUGCCCUCUGACCCACAUGGUGUCUUACACACAGCCAGAUCGUCGGAAAGCGAGUCGUACCUGUCUCGGAGAGACAGGCGGUCCGAGAGUCGCCGCAGGGCAGGCGAAGAUGCGGCAGCGGCAGCGGCCGCAUCGGCUGGAAUCCUCGCAGCAGAGCAGGAGGCCCAGCGCCGAGUGGAGUCAGACCGUGAAACGUCGAAAGACAGGACACCGCCAGUGAGCGUCAAGGUCAAAGUGCACGAUGACAAGGACCGGAACGUGACGCUGCGCCGCCUCACCGAGCAAGAGCGUCAAGCGGCGCAUCGGGCACGGAGACAACGCACAGAAUCCAUGAGCAGUCUUUCUGGGAGCGAGGCACCAGGGGGUUCUUCCCGCACAAGGUACAGGCGCGACACGUCCCGGCGCCGGGCGGCAGAGGAAGGGGCAGAGAGCGCGGCGGAGUCGUCACUGUCACCGCUGCCGCAGCCGACGCCUGCGUUCGCGGGCGGUAAGAGACCCAAGGACUCAGCGUACUACUCGGGCCAGCCCCUGGGGCAGGUCGGACCAGCAGGCACGACGCCAGCGGCGGGCGCGACGGUCUCAAGCCUGGGAAGCAUCCAGAGCCCCGGUAGCCACGGGACCUGGAGUGGUAUGAGUCCAGUUGGCCCGUCUGUGGCUGGUGGCCCGCCGCCGGCGGGGCCUAGUGAGGCGAGCGCGACUGCUUCGGCGGCUGACAGGAGAAGGAGGCGGCGGCUGGAGCGGCAGAAUGCACGACCGGGGGCGAGCGGUACGGUGGACUUUACAUGA